AUGUCUCGCUACGAACAACUUAAAGCGCAAUACGACGCUGCAGACCAAGGACACGUCUUUUCAUUCUGGGAUUCCAUUUCCACCGCUGAGCAAGAUGCGUUGUUGGACCAGCUCGACGCGUUUGACCCCCCGCGCGUCAAUGACAUCUACCACGCCGCGCUCAAAGCAGACGACGCAGCUAAACACGCGUCCCCGAGCGAGAUCGAGCCCUUGCCCUCUAAUGUCCUCGAGAGCGUCAUCGACGCGCCCGAGCGCGCGGCCGCACAUCACCGUGCUGGGUUGCAAGAAAUUGCAGCGGGCCGAGUGGCAGUCCUUCUCAUGGCCGGCGGCCAGGGUACGCGUCUGGGAAGCUCAGACCCAAAGGGAUGCUACGACAUCGGCUUGCCUUCUCAUAAGCCACUCUUCCAGCUCCAGGCGGAGCGUAUUCGCCGGUUGCAGACCGUUGCGGAGCAAGCAGCAGGUAAACCGGCCGGGUCGGUUAAGAUUAGAUGGUACAUCAUGACCAGUGACCCGACGCACGAUGCGACGCGCAAUUUCUUUGGUUGGGACAAGGAUGGGAAACGCAUUGAUGCAGGCAAGCCUGUCAACUUCGGACUUGACGCGGACCAAGUCGUAUUCUUCAAGCAAGGUGUCCUACCAUGCCUGUCCUCAUCGGGCAAAAUCCUUCUAGAGUCUCCCUCCAAGGUCGCUGUAGCACCCAACGGGAACGGCGGUCUCUAUGCUGCUCUGCGUACCCCACUCACCCAAUCCAACAACAACCUAACCACCCCUUCCAUCCUCUCCGACCUUUCCACACGCGGAAUCACACUCGUUCACGCCUACUGCGUCGACAACUGUCUCGUCAAGGUCGCCGAUCCAGUCUUCCUCGGUGCCUGUGCAACUCGCCAAGCGGACUGCGCUGCCAAGACCGUCCCCAAAGAACAACCCGACGAAAAAGUUGGUGUCGUCGCUCGUCGCGCAGGUCGUUUCGCCGUAGUCGAGUACAGCGAAAUCACUCCCGAGCUCGCGUCAAUGCGCGACCCGUCUAACCCCGCCGCACUCGCACUGCGCGCCGGGAACAUCGCCAACCAUGUCUACACUCUUUCCUUCCUCGAACGCACGCACGAAAUGGAGCGUUCCCUAGCACACCACAUCGCACGCAAGAAGAUCCCCUCCAUAACCUCUCUCUCCGGCGCCAACAAAGGCGAAACAGGCAAGACGGACGGAAUGAAACUCGAGAUGUUCGUAUUCGACGUGUUCCCAUUCGCAGAGCGCUUCUUCGUCCUCGAAGGUGCACGAAACGAGGAAUUCAGCCCGCUCAAGAACGCACCUGGCACACCUGCGGGUGACAGUCCUGAGACGAGCCGUCGUGACCUCCUUGCGCAACAACGUCGUUUCCUCGAAGCUGCAGGCGCGAAGUUCGCUUCUCCGGAAGUCGAGAUUGAGCUUAGCCCGCUUGUUACGUACUCCGGGGAAGGCCUCGAGAGUGUCAAGGGAAAGACAUUCAAGAAGUCUGGACAUGUGGAAACGCCUGCGGACUUCGACAAGUUGUUGUAA